CCGAGGACAUUCCUGCAAUUGUCCCUUGUCGUUACCGGGGCCUCACUGGCAGUAGGAUUUGAACCGGACUCAGCCGUGUUUCCACUCGGCCACCUACGAGGCCGGUACCAGUGGGAAGAUUUCGACCAUGGCACAGAGCGCAGCGCCUUACGUGGCAGCUCUACCGAGCACUCUGCGAUUGCCACGUGGCACCCCCAAGAGAGGACUUGAGAAUGGAGAUGGAACCGUGACGCUGCGACGACCGUCAUGUUUCUCGAUGACAAAUGCCACCGCAGACGUUAUUGCCACGUGGCACCCGCGACGACUGUCAUCUCCACCGCUAUCACUGUAUCCAUAUCCGAUCCGACCCCAGUCGACGUGUCGGGACUUCCUGUGUCGGGAUCUUACGUCUCGGCGGAGCCCCAAGGCAACAGGUGACUUUCUACAGGGAGAUCAUCAAAGGACACCCUGCAAAGCCACACGGAUGAAUCCCUUCAAUUUGGUGCCCGAGCGGUUCUGGGUUGUCGUUGGAGGACAAGAAGCUGGAUUGGUUGCAUUUGUCCAAUUUGAGACAAUCCAAGGUGAACGCCUCUUCUGUGAGCUUCGCAGUAUGGUCGUCAAGAGCGAAUACAGGAAUCAGGGUAUAGGGCAAGCAAUGCUGCGAGUGAUUCUCAAUAAUCUUGAGGUGCAGCGACCUAUUCACACUGUCACAGCCGGCGACAAAAAGUUAGUGGAGGGUGAUGACGUUCCUGCUCAGCUACGUAUGGAGAGACUUGGCGCUGUCAUAGGAGGAAAGAUCCUUGGAUUGGGUGGCGGCCACUGCUUGAGGCUUGAUGGGAAGGUCACAUCAUGAAGGGACCAUGAGGACGAAUUAGAGUGUGUGAUGGGAUGGACUGUUUAUUUCAAAGACAAACGAAGAACAGAAAAAAAGGGACGUUGGCUAUCAUCAGGACCUUUUUCUUUUCCGUUUUUUCACCUUUUUGGUUUAAUAUAAUUGACAAUAAUUUAAUAAUUGUAAUUGCUUCAUCUAUUGGUGGAGAGCAACACCAGCUGGAAACAGGGGUCCAACGUCCCUUUUUUUCAGACCCUUGCUCCAGUGGUUAAACAUUCGAUGUAUAUGGACAGCGCAUGCAAGUGGCAAAUAACGGGAUUGAGGCCAUGGUCUUGGAGGAUAAACUACAGAAUGAAGUGGAUUGAGGCCAUGGUCUUGGAGGAUAAAGUAAAUGAAUUUAUUGUUA